AAUAAUCAUGAUUAAUUAAGGUGAGGAUUAUGGUGUGGUGUGGUGUACACCUGGAAGGCGGCAGGUGGCAGUAAAGCACCUUUGGUUUGUAAAAGGUAUGAAGAAGAGAGAGAACUUCAGUAGCGCUGUUAGCAGGUUGUUUUUGACAAUGCACUGGAAGGCUGCAGAUAUGUUUGGUGGCCGGCAGCAGUGACCAUGCUGUGUUUCCGUAUUCCGUUUUUGCUGGUACUCCUUUCUCAGGUCCAAGAAUCCAUCCAGGCCUCUGAGGACUUCUCAGUGCCUGAUGAAUGGAUCCUGCUUCAUGUUGUUCAAGGUCACAUCGGCGCAGGCAACUACAGCUACUUGCGCCUCAACCAUGACGGACGCAUCAUCCUGCACAUGCUCAGCCUCAAAGGCGACGCCGACCUCUACGUCUCCGACAAGACUCUGCGUCCGGACUUCGAUACCUACAAGCUCCAGUCGGUCACCUGCGGUCACGACGUGGUCGUGGUUCCAGACGACUUUGUUAGACCGGUGGGCAUCGGGAUCUACGGGCACCCUUCUCACCUGGAGAGCGAGUUUGAGAUGAGAGUGUUUUAUGAUCAGACCGCUUUAACCGAGGACCUGUUUCAAAGGGAUUCUUAUUCUUCAGAGCAGAAUAAUGAACAGCCCAAAUACCCACAGCCGGGCACCGGAGAGGAAUUUGAUGAAGAGGAGCCCAUCCUGUGGACCAUUCUCAUCGGGAUCCUGAAGAUAAUACUUGAAAUUUUGUUUUGAUCGUUGAUGUGAUUUUUGCCAUUAGGAUUAGCAACUUAGAAAAGAGCAAUGAAAUAUAUAUGGCCAAAGUAACAAGCACUGGAGGGAUUAUUUCUUCUCUUUUGGUAAACAGGUUGAAUUUUUUUUAUCUAGGCCUAAAUCCAGAAGUCUUAAUUGUCAUAACAAACAGAAAAUACAGUCUCUAGACAUGUUACCCUUGAUCACAGGCAAGUGGCAGUUUUACUGUCAAUGUAAGUGAUUUGUCUAUUUGAUUGUAAAGUCAUUUUCAGUUGCAUUACUAAUGUAUUAAUGAUUACGUUGGAAUCUGCUGAGGUUCUGAGCCCUAUGCAAUCACCCAAAUCAGCUUUUGGAAAGAAUAACAACUGUGCCUUUUGUCAGAGUCCUUUCCUUAAGAAAUGGAAAGGCAUGAUAUGAUGCAACCAUAGCGUUUGUAACAUUUUCAAAUAAAAUUCAGUCACUUGUGCACUAUC